AUGAUUCGCUGGACUGUCGAUCUUGCGGGUAUUGAUGCAGAGGCCGAUCUUCAGCGUGAUGAUAACAUGAAGUUCCACAUAGGUCCAUCUUCUGGAAGGAAAGAAAUUUGGAAGCCUACAGAUAUUGCCAGAGUGGGCGAUGGAACACUGGAGCCUCUUGGAACGGUCGUCACACUGUCAAUGAAGGAGCUAAUUGAACAUUUGGAGCAGCAACGGGAAGAGGCAGUAGCAGAAAAUAGGUUUGGUCAAAAUAACAGUGGGUCUUAUCUAGGGAAAACUGAUGCUGAAAUUUCCAAGGGACCAGAGGUGCGUGUUUUCAGCACAUUCACAAGUCCUCAAGGUAAGCGGACAGUAUGUACAGUUCAACCCAAACAAUUUCCCUUUCGUGGGGUUGAUGUAGUAAAUGCGUUUCUCCAACAAGUUGUUUUACCAGAUGAACGUGUUUCUACUCGAUUUUCAACAAAUCCACGUCUUUAUAAACUGUAUAUUGCGGAUGAAUUUACAGGAGAGGAAGAGAUGGUAGUUCAGUUAGAUGGAGGAGCGCAGAGUUUUGGGUGUUUCGCAGUUCAACCUCUUCCUGCUGCGAAACUAUUUUUGUUUCCACAGCGAACGGAACUGCUACCAACCGUAGCUGAGGAUAUUAAUUUAGCUGUAGAAGUACGACUUUUGGAGUCCCAGGCCAAACCUGUCAAGCGGCAAGUACUUGUACCUGCUGAUAUGCUCGCAGAAAGUUUGGAACAGGUGAUUGUUAAUCGCCUUCCUGGGAUUGGUCUUGUUGCAGGAUCACUGCGUAUUAAAUAUGGACCAGUGGAGCUAAACAUCAAUGAGUAUUACAAUUUUGGUAUGGGGUGUGGACACAUGGAUGUACCCAUAGCUGAACGAACUAUUUUAUCUCUUUAUCGCUUUGGUGUAACAGAGGUACUUGUACAGGGUCGUAUAGCCGAUGAAAACCCUGAUAUUGCUGCACCAGUAGAAGAUAUUAUUAUAAAUAUGGAUGCAGAAGAGGCACAAACAUUUCAACAAUUUGAAGUAAUCCGCAUUAAUCGUUAUGGUGCACGACAACAACGGAUUUUUUGUGUGGAUGGAGAUAGAUUGUACACGAUGCGACCAAAUCUGGAAGGCACAUCUGUUGCUGCCGUUAGUACAGCUUCUAAAAAUGAGGAAAAACUUAUUAAGGAUAUUGAGGAAGUGCAUUUUUCACCAACUAAACCAAAGUAUCUGGAAAUUCGUUAUACUCGCGCCUCAAAACAUGAGGAUGAUCAUAUUGAAUGUACCACUGCAUACAAUCGUGCCUUAUUAGAUGAGAAGUUGCGCGUCCUUCAACGGGAGAUUCGCAAAAAGAAUGAUGUAGAACGAAAUCAGAAGAAUAGUGAGACCGUUUUUUCACGUUUCUUUAAUCGAAUUAAGUGGGGAUUUACUAAAUCCUAG